AUGGCGCCAUUCUCGCAUUUCAUGCGCAUUUUGGUUGUCCUCGCCCUUUUCCGCUUCUACCUGGACGCAAGACGAUUCUCCCGCUCUAAGAUCGUCAGCACCAUGGUCGCUGCCGUUCUCCUCGAACUGUCCUUUUCCCUGGUUUUGGUAUACGGCUUCUGGCCGCAACUAUGCAGAAUGGCAGCCAGAUGUGAUGAUUGGCUCUUCCACCAGAUGCUAUUCAUAUACGACUGCAUACACGGCAUCAUCGACCUCAUCGUCGCGUUUGCCAGCAAGAUGGGCUGGUUCUACCAUGUUUUGCGAUACGACCGCAGCGAGAAGAACAUCGACGAAGUUGCGUUCUAUUCUAUCAAUACAUGUCUAGUCAUCAGUAUUGGCUACUAUCUUUAUCGAGCCAUUUUCAAGAAAGCAGCUGAAGAAGCACAACCAGCCGGCGCCCUCUCCGAUCCAGUUCCAACCACACCAGAACAAGCAUUCAGCAUCCCGUCAGUAGCAGACGAAACCACAGCCAAGCUUUAG